AUGGCACUUCGUGCGGUGAUCCUUGCCCUCCCGAUGCUCGUGAUGUGCAAGCCGUCUCUUCGCGGCAUUGAGCUGCCAUGCAGUGGCACUGGCAGCUUGCCAGCUGGCCCCGUCUGUUACGGCGGGUCCAUCCUCACGGAGACGUUCUCGGUUCACGUCGUCAGCCACGAUGGUGAGGUUGGCAUCGUUGACAUGCAGGCCACCGGACCGGAAACUGGUGAAUGCCAGGGCGCCAACUUCGAGAACAAUGACAACGUCAUCACCAUUGAGAACGACCACGGCUGCGGCCUGGGGAAGUAUGAGUACACGGUGCAGUAUUGCCCCGACCAGGACAACCUGAUCAUCAACCUCGCGAAGCCCUACAACGUCCGCGUGGUCCUGGACAGCCAAACCUGCCCUGCUGCCGGUGAGGUACAAUGA